AUGCUUGCGCAUUUUGCAGCACGUCUCGACGACAUUCAAUCACUUAUCGCCUGGACGAGCUGCUCUGUGUACCCUGAAACGACUCUUCGUACUCUAUACUUCUAUUUCGUCUACAAAAAGGACAAAUAUCGUUGGCGCCUCAAACAGAUCCCGGUAGUGUUCAGCAAUAAAGCAGAACGAGAUUACUGGCAACAAACUGUCACAACAACUCUUUUGGGUGUUCGAAAUCGCCCGAAGAAUAUCAUCGUCUUCAUCAAUCCGUUUGGAGGCAAAGGCAAGGCGAAAGCGAUCUUCCAAAAAAAUGUUUCCGUCGGAGGCGACGGACUUUUCAACGAAUUGCUCUCUGGUGCUCUCCUGCGUACUCAAAAGGAUGCAGGAACGGAUAUCGAUGAUCCUGACUCGGAACAUCUGCAAACUCCACAUAUUAGAUUUGGCAUCAUUGGUGCCGGAUCGGCCAAUUCCAUUGUGAGCACUGUACACGAGACGACCGACUAUGCGACCGCAGCUGUUCACAUCGCAAUUGGUUCGGAGUGUAAUGUGGACGUUUGUACGGUGCACGAAAACAACCAAUUAUUGCGAAUCUCGGCAAAUGCGAUCUCAUACGGCUGGCUGGGCGAUGUACUUCGAGACUCAGAACGCUAUCGAUGCCUUGGUCCGAUACGAUACCAAUGGAGUGCCUUGCGAACCACAAUUCGGCAUCCAAUUUAUCGAGGAAAAGUAUCAUUUACGCUGUCACGAAAAGAAACCGAAGAUCCGAAAGCCGUACUGCCCUCUUGUCUGAAGCCAUGCAUGACAUGUGAUGCGCUGAACAGGACGUUGAACUGUUUCCGAGUGCUGAGAUGGUCAUUCGAGCCAGAUGCCGAUCAAGAAGAUCCGGGUGUUUGGAACCUGGAUGGCGAAAUUCUCGAGCAACCCAGAGGGAGAGCGCUGCAUUUCAGGCUCCAUCCGCAGCUGAUCAGCUUCUUCGGUCGUGACGCAGCGAUGGUUGAACCAUCGAAACGCGUCAGCUUUGUAAAGAAGAGGAAAUCCAGUAUUGUCUACAACUAA